GCUCCGGUGAGCUCAGACCUCGGCUUCGUGAAGCAGAACUACAUUUCCUCAAGUGGUACGAAGACAAACCAAUUCGGAUCCACAACCGGGCCCGAUAUCUUCUACCAGGGUUCGCCGUGUCCACAAGCACCACAAGAUCGCCCCGUGGGCUGCUUUCCCGAUAAUCCGGGCAACGUGGCUGGCUGCAAUGCGACCAACUGGGACUCUCGCCCCAGCUCGGCCUGCUACAAAGCGGACGGCCUCAAUGUUCUGGAUAUUUGGCUCAGGAACAGGGCAUGCCGAGCAGGUAUCUUUUUCACUCUCACCGACGUGCAGGUGACAUUGGACGGAGUGACAACUAACCUAACG